CUGUGUGAGCAUUUUAUAAGACGUCUCUAUUUCAUUCGGUUCGUGUUUUGGCUUAAGAAAUGUAUUUCGUCACAUUGUUUUUGCUCGUUAAUUCAGUAUCAAAGUGUCAUACCUUUUUCUAAACAAAAAAUUGAACUAUUGUGAUUGCUAAAAUUACUUUUGUUAUGGCAUCCAAAGUUGAAGAAGAAAGAAAGGGAUUUAUUUUUGAAUGGAAAAUCAAAAAUUUCAGCUAUUGCUGGCACAGGAAAGGAGAUUAUCUUGAGAGUCCAUCCUUUGUUGUGGAUUCACUAGACGGAACCAAAUGGAAAUUAUCGGUGUUUCCAAGAGGACACACCGAUGGAAACUACAUCGGCUUGUUUUUAAAGCGCGAUACAAAUUGUAACGGUCCAAAUACAGCAAUUAGUAUUGAAGUUGUAUUGUCUAUCCUUUCUUGGAAUGACCUAGGUCCAGAUCAUGUUAUGAGAAAUUCGGCAACUUUGACAAAGGGUGCCAAUUUUGGAUACCCUUCCUUUCAGAAGCGAAAAGAUAUUUUUAUGCUUAAUAAAGAUAUUUUUCUUCCUGAAGAUACCCUGGUAGUUUGUUGCAAAAUGUGGAAAAGUGACGGCAAAUCACUGGCGAUUGAAAAAUGCUUUGCGACGACACAUAUUACAGUUGGACGAAGGUCCUUCCUUUGGCCAAUCGAAAAAUUCAGCACCCUUGAACCAGAUAAAGAGAAUACCUUUUGUAUCAGAUCUGCAUCAGAUGAAAGACUAAUUCUAACAUUUAAUCUGUCAUUGAUUGGCGGACAAAAUUUUGAUGAGACAUUUCAAAUUCAGAUGACUUCUCCCAUUCCAAACAUGUUCUCUACCGCCAGUUUCUUUCUUUUAAAUAUUUCUGGCGAUAAAAAAGAGUGUGGCCGAUGUGAAUUUUGGUUCGAUCGCGUAUAUAAAAGUCGCCACAUGACGCUUCUUCUCUCAAAGAAGAGGCUUAUAGUCAAGAAGAGUCAAUACUUACCGAAAGAUGUUUUAACUCUUCAGUGUGAAUGCACAUAUUCUACAGGAAAUUUAUUUGAAGAAGUUGAAAAGGUUGGCCCUGGAUGUGUUGAUAUAACAACAGCACAGUUUGCAUCCAGCUUGCAUUCUGGAAACAACUCGUCUCACUCAUCAAAUGGGUUAGAAGAAGAUCUGCACUGGUUAUAUACUGAGGGUUUCCUUAGUGAUAUUAAAUUGAAGACAAACUCCCAAACAUUUCCAGCCCACAAGAGCAUUCUCAGUGCUCGUUCUCCAGUAUUUAACGCUAUGUUUAAGAAUAACAUGAAAGAAAAGUCGAGUAAAAUAGUUGAGAUUGAAGACCUGGAUGAUGACACAGUGUAUCAAAUGCUCCUCUAUAUCUACACUGCAAAUAUAGAUGACCUUCAGUGGGAGAGUGCUUUACAAUUAUAUGAGGCUGCAGAUAAAUACGAGAUCCUCACAUUAAAGCUUAAGUGUUCUGCCUAUUUGGCAGCUAAUCUUGAUUCAAAUAAUGCAUGCGAUAUCUUGGUUCUUGCAGAUUUGCAUCAAGAUGAAGAAUUGGAAUCUGCAGUACAGAAAUUCAUCUUUAAGAAUGAACAAAGCAUUAUCAAUUCUAAAAAAUGGGAAUGCCUAAUGGAAAAUAAUUUAAAAUUAGCUGCCAAUACAUUGUGUCUUAGAUACAAAUAAGAAGAAUUUUCAUCUAUCGUCAUUCUGCCUUGAUAACUGGAAAAAGGAAAUGUCUGUUACAUCCGCAUCGUUUGAAUCAAAUAUUAGCUCAUUCUGUUGUGGAGGCAUUAUCGAAGUAUGCAGCUACAGUUAAUCACUUUUGCGAGUUAUUGUAUUCAGUGGAUGAUUUGGGACCUUCUCCGCCCUUCUAAAUAAACUAGUCAAUUUUUUAUCACUUUUCAACAAAUUUUUAUUAUAGGUGAAUUUUUAUUUUAGCAAAUUGUGAAAAAGUAAAGGUUUUUAUUUAUUUA